AUGGCGGGAGAACAUGGUCCGGCGUGUGGUGCCUGCGCGAGAAAGAGCAGCAGCCUCCGUAAAGACGAUUACGAAGAGACCUUUCCACCUCUCCAAACUGCAGCCAAUACUGGUCUCGUCAAUACUGGUCGCGUCAAUACUGGUCGUGUCAAUGCUGGCCGUGUCAAUGCUGACCGUGUCAAUGCCGACCGUGUCAAUGCCGACCGUGUCAAUGCCGACCGUGUCAAUGCCGACCGUCUCGCCAAUCCUGGUCUCGUCAAUACAGGUCUCGCCAAUCCGGGUCUCGCCAAUACUGGUCGCGUCAAUCCUGGUCUCCAUGCCCGCCGUGGUGCAAUCGACUUGGGUCAAGGGAGCAACUUGAGUGACUACCUCAAGCAACGUGACAGUCUCAAUCAUGGCGGGGCCGUCAACAAUUUUGUCAAUGGAAGCAGCAUCGCGCGAAAUGACUCGAGCCACUCCAGUGCGUCCACCGUCAUCUACAAUCCCUCUGGCUUGGUCUUCGCCCCUGUUGGGGUCACAGACAUGUACUACCGCGGUCCGCUUCGCUUCGCUGGCUUCGUUCCAUACCAGUCUGCCAACUCUCCCGGUCACUUGUCUCGAUCAUCCAUCACCAGCGGUGGCGGUGGCGGUGACGUUGCCAACAACUCUGUCAACCCUCACUACUACAUAUCUCGUCCUACGAUCAUCGGCAGUGGCGGUUACGGUGCCUACCAGCCUGUCUACCCUUACGGUCAUAUGGCUCAUGCACCCAUCACCAGUGCUGGCGGUCACGGUGCCUACCAGUCUGUCUACCCUUACGGUCAUAUGGCUCAUGCACCCAUCACCAGUGCUGGCAGUAACGGUGCCUACCAGUCUGUCUACCCUUACGGUCACAUGGCUCGUGUACCCAUCACCAGUGCUGGCGGUGAUGUUGCCCACGAGUCUCUCUACCCUGUUGGUGACGUCUUACCUGCAUCCACCACCGAUGCUAGCGGUGGGAUUGCCUACGGGUCUCUCUACUCUGUUGGUGACAUCUCACGUGCAUCGAUCACCGGUGCUGGCGGUAACGAUGCCUACGAGUCUCUCGACCCUUACGCUCGCAUCGCACGUAGAUACGCCACCAGUGCUCGCAACAACGGUGUCAUAGCCCCAUUGACGAGUGCCUAUGCUCCGACUCCUCGACGCACUGUUCCCUUCGCUGAUCAGAUCAAUGCACCUUUGCCACUCGACGAGCCUGGCACCAUUGGACAGAGUGAAGCUGCCACCGGAUUGAACUCUGCACCACCAGCCAAUGUCGGCGUCAUUGGUGACAGACGUACCCCGAAGAACUAG